AUGGGUUUAGAAUUGAAUGUUGUGACAAUAUCAUUGCUAUUAAUGUUAGUAUCCACUACCAAUGCUGCAACUCGUGUCUUUGAUGUGAGAAAUUAUGGAGCAAAGCCUAAUUUUGACAUCACCAAGGCUGUGACACGAGCUUGGAAAGAUGCAUGUGCAUAUCCAGGUUCAAGUAAAGUUGUGGUUCCAACAACAAUAUACAGGGUGGGCACAGUAAAUUUUCUUGGCCCUUGCAAGGGUCCUAUAGAGUUUAAUGUUCUAGGAAGCAUACAUUCUCCAGGAGAUCCCAAAUACUUCAAGGGGGAUUGUUGGAUCGGUUUUGAACAUAUCGACCACUUAACUGUAUCAGGCACUGGAAAUUUUGACGGCCAAGGAGGAACUGCUUGGGGUAGAAGUGGUUGUUCGAAAAAUAGCUACUGCGUCCAUCUUCCCAUUAGCCUUAGGUUCGACUUCGUCACCAAUUCAAUAGUUCGGGACAUAACAUCAUAUAACAGCAAACAAUUCCACAUCAACGUCUUCGGGUGCCAAAAUCUUACAUUCGACCAUGUUACCAUCAAAGCACCUAAAAAUAGCCCGAAUACUGAUGGGAUUCACAUUGGACGUUCAACCAUGAUUAAUGUGAUUAAUUCAAAGAUUUCAACUGGUGAUGAUUGCAUCUCCCUCGGUGAUGGCAGCCGGGAUAUACUUAUCCAAGGUGUAAUUUGUGGACCUGGUCAUGGAAUUAGCAUAGGAAGUCUUGGUAAGUACCAGAAUGAACAGCCUGUGUCUGGGGUUAGAGUUAUUGGAUGCACUCUUACAAGCACACAGACGGGCGUGAGAAUCAAAACAUGGCCUGAUUCGUAUCUUGGAUCUGCCUCUGAUAUUCAUUUUGAGAACAUUAUCAUGCGUAACGUCGACAAUCCAAUCCUCAUAGACCAAGGGUACUGCCCAUGGAAUCAGUGCAGAUCACAGAAUCCUUCUAAGAUCAGGAUUAGCAAGGUUAUCUUCAAGAACAUAAGUGGUACUUCUCGGACUAAAGACGCUGUCCAGAUUAUUUGCAGUAAGGCACUACCAUGCCAGAAUGUGGGGCUUCGUGACAUAGACCUCAAAUACAAAGGAAAAGAUGGCCCUGCUACGUCCCGAUGUGUUCAUGUCAAUCCCAUCAUCGGUGGCCACCAGAAUCCUCCUGCUUGCACCCUCACAACUCUCAACAAGAAAGGUGGAGGUACAGUGUCCAUCUCGGAAGAACCAAAUAAUGAUAAUACUGUUUCGUGGCAUAUGCAGCUUAGUCAUUUAGGCGAGCGCAGUAUGUUUGAGCUUCACAAAAUGAAUUUUUUGAAAUAUGCAAAGUCAUGUAAAUUGGGUUUCUACAAAUAUUGUGUGUAUGGGAAGCAACAAAGAGUCAGCUUUAAGGUGACAUCCCAUACAAGCAAGGAUGUUCUCGACUAUGUUCAACUUACAUGUUUGGAGACCAGUGGCGGUGCCAUCAAACAAAGUGUUAAAGGCUAUAGGCUAUCUAAUCUACUCUCAAAGAAGAAUAUUUUUAGCAAAGACGUGGUGUUUGAUGAGGGCUAUAUGUUAAGAAAAUGCGAGGAUGAAGCAUCGACUGAAAGCCACAAAGGGAAACAGGUCGUGGAGGUGGAGAUUGUAUAUCAUCGUCCACUCACUGACAUAUAUGAUGAUGAAAAAUCUUCAAGACUCACAGCACCAAGAAGAGCCUUACUCUUUAGCAAGAGUAGUGGAGAGUCAUCGUCUGUUCAGAAUGAUAUGCCGAAACAGGUGGAUUCAUUAUAG